GCAGCAAGAUGGCGGCGCGGACAACGCUUGGCGCUCUGUGCCGGCACCUCUGGCAGGGCUUGGGGAAUUUGUCUGUAAACAGUUCUAAGAGCAGUACAGCAAAUAAUGGUGCCUUUCUUCUCAGUACCAGCAUGAAGUGGGUACAGUUCUCAAACCUUCACAUUGAUGUUCCAAAGGAUUUGACCAAACCUACUAUAACCAUUUCUGAUGAACCAGACACAUUAUAUAAACGUCUGUCGAUUUUAGUAAAAGGCCACGAUAAGGCCGUAUUGGACAGUUACGAAUAUUUUGCGGUGCUUGCUGCUAAAGAACUUGGUAUCUCUAUUAAAGUACAUGAACCUCCAAGGAAAAUAGAACGAUUUACUCUUCUCAAAUCAGUGCAUAUUUUCAAAAAGCACAGAGUUCAGUAUGAAAUGAGAACACUUUACAGAUGUUUAGAGUUAGAGCAUCUAACUGGAUGCACAGCAGAUGUCUACUUGGAAUAUAUUCAGCGAAACUUACCUGAAGGAGUUGCCAUGGAAAUAACGAAGACACGGUUAGAACAAUUACCAGAUCACAUCAAGGAGCCAAUCUGGAAACAAGUAYCAGAGGAAAAAGAAGAAAGCAAGUCAUGAAGCUUCAGGGAACCACUUUGGACUUGAAAGAAGAGUGGGCCAGAUGUGUGUGUUUGAGUGGAGAGUGCUUGCAGCUGAGGCAGUCUGGAGUUCUCCUCACUGCUCUGUUGAGUCCUCUUGCCCAGUUCAGUUGAAAACAGGGAAUGGAAACUUAAUGACAGGCUGAAAUGGAGUAAAAGACAUUUUGUUCUUUUUUAUCCAUGUCAUUGUUUCCGUUCCAGUUUUAAAAACUUGAGCAGCUAGCCAUGGUGGUGCACAUUUAUAAUCCCAGCUGCUUGGGAGGCUGAAGCAGAAGCAAGUUCAAAGCCAGCCUCAACAACUCAGUGAAAGCCUAUCUCAAAAUAAGAAAAGAGCUAGAAAUGUGAUUCGGUGAGAGAUUCCCCUGGGUUCAAUCCCCAGUACCACAAAAAAUAAAAAGUAGAAGCGAACCACUUGGAUACUCUGGGCCAAGAGUCAAAUUUUAUAUUUUGUUCUGCUAUUGUUCUAUUAUUAGUUUCUACUGAUUUUAAUUUAUAGUAUUUCACAUAUUGGAAAAUGAAUGGUUUUUUUCAUACACUUUUUUAAUUUUAAAUUUCCUCAAAAGAGAACCUUUGGUUAAUUUAACACUGAGCAGUUAAAGGUUUUAAUCUUUACCUUCRUGCAGGCUAGCAUAUGCUGUGUUGGCGGUAAUAACCAACAGAUUGACCUUAUUUAAACAUUACAUUUUUGAAUGUGGAUAUACCUGCAGCAGAUGAAGCACAUUUAUGACACGUACUAAACUCUCAUAACCCAAACACCUACAGGGUUGCUUCCAAGGUUCAUACAGUGGAGUUUAUGCUCUCAAGAAAUUACUAUGUGUCAUUUCAUUCAUYYUGUGAUUCAUUCAGUAAGCUUUUAUUUGUUAAACUUUGCACUCACUACUGUAGUAAAUACCAGUAAUUGAAUAGAA